AUGCAAGGUCCGGCAGCGCCGCCCACUCCGCCGGCGCCCCAACCACCGCCAAUGCAGCAACAGCCGGCGCAGGCGCCGCAGCCCCCCCAGCCGCCGCAGCAGCCCCCCGCGCCGCCGGCCGCCCCCGCCCCCGCGCCCGCCGCCCCUCCCCCUCCGCCGCCGCCGCCCGGCUCGGGGGCGGUCGCCGCGGCGACGGCGGCGGCGGCGGGGGCGGGCGCGGGGGCGGGCGCCUCCCCUCCCCCGCCCCCACCGCCCCCGGCGCCCCCCGCCGACCCCACCGGCUUCGCGGCGCAGCUGCAGCAGGCUCGCCUCAAGAGACAAGCUAAGGCGAGCGCGGCGGCGGCGGCCGAGGCGGCGUCCCCGCCCGGCGCGGGGGCGGAGCACUCGGGCUCCUCGUCCUCGUCGGGGGGCUCCACGCGCGCCGCGGCAGGCACGCUGCACUGCAUGAUGCACGAGAUGGCGCGCACCCUCGCCAGGCGGAGGGCGCACCUCGACCGCGCCGAGGAGUCGUCGGCCGACAACUCCGCCACCUCCACGCCGCUGAAGACGUGGGAGAGGUCGGCCACGCUGCCGCACAGGCUUCCGGCCGCCUGCAACGGCGCCACACCGAGCUCCGAGUCGGCACCCCCGCCGGCCCAGUCGCCGCGCUCCGUUCGCAAGAGGUUCGGCUCCGCCAGCGAGGAGACCAUCCUCAAGCAGGUGAACGGCGGCGGCGAGGGCGGCUGCGUGUCCGCCGCGGAGUGGGACGCCUUCAAGCAGGAGAUGCUGCGCGAGAUGAGGCAGCAGCUGCAGCUCGCUAAGAAGGAGAUCCUGGACGCGAUGAAGGCGGAGUUCGCGCGCAGG